AUGGCUUUAAGAUUAUUGACUGGAAAUUCCAGAACUCUGUUGUAUCAGUCCUGUCGUGCUUAUGCAGCUGGUUCAGAUUUUCUAAAAGAAGUUAAUCUAAGAAAUAAAUCAGGCGAGGUGUUUGCGUCGGCGUUCGAAGGAAAGGCUGUUCUGCUAUAUUUUUCGGCAGGAUGGUGUGGACAGUGCAGACUUUUCACUCCGAAGCUAAAGAAAUGGUUCGAGGAAGCGGGAAAACCUAAUGGAGUAGAAUUAAUAUGGAUAUCGAGAGAUCGUUCAGCGGAAGAUCUGGCUGCUUAUCACAAAAAGGCGCUUCCUGAAAUUUCCUACAUUCCAUUUGGAGACCCAAGUGUUCGGAAAUUUCUGCAGAAGUAUCAGAUAAAAACAAUUCCUUCACUGUUCCUUGUGAACAAUGAGGGAGAGAUUGUUGACAGGAACGUUAAGACGAGGAUAGAGACUGAAGGGAAGGAAAAUCCGAAGAAGUUAGCGAAGGAUCUUCGUGAUGCUGCAUAA